AUGGGUUCUUCAGCAUAUGCAGCAUACGCGGCCCAGAAUGGGCUUGCAGGCGGCGCACACACCGUCACUGCCCUCGGGCGGUGGUCCAUUUUAAACAAUCAACUUCCAGCCGUUGACAAGAUCAAGGUGAUCCACGUCUACGACUUUGACAAUACGCUUUUCAAGACCCCUCUUCCAAACCCCAAGAUAUGGAGCGGUCCUACGAUCGGUGCUCUUGCGAACCCCGAGUGCUUUAUCAACGGUGGAUGGUGGCACGACUGCCGGAUUCUCGCUUCCACAGGCGAGGGUCUUGCCAAGGAAGAACCGAAGGCAUGGAACGGGUGGUGGAAUGAAAAGAUUGUCGAACUUGUUCGGCUGAGCAUGCGGCAAAAGGAUGCGCUUUGUGUCCUGCUUACUGGCCGCUCAGAGUCUGGAUUCGCCGAUCUGGUCAAGCGCAUGGUCUCAAGCAAAGGCCUUGAGUUUGAUCUAGCCUCUUUGAAGCCGGCCGUUGGCCCCAACAACCAGCCCUUUGCCACCACCAUGAUUUUCAAGCAGGCUUUCUUGGAAGCUCUGAUGGAGACCUACAAACAGGCUGAAGAGAUCCGUAUCUAUGAGGAUCGUCCGAAGCACGUCAAGGGCUUCCGUGAAUUCCUGAACGAUUAUAACAAGAAGCAAAGGGGCAUUGGUGGCUCCCCCACACGAGGGCCGAUUGAUGCUGAGGUCGUGCCAGUGGCUGACAUUGCCACAAAUCUCGACCCCGUUGCCGAAGUAGCUGAAGUCCAGCACCUGAUCAACGAGCAUAACGCCGCCCUAUUCAAGCGCCGGCGCGGGACUAGAGGCGAGCGCCUCAUGAUCAAGAAGACUGUAUUUUAUACAGGAUAUCUGAUCAACAGCGCUGAUACUCAGCGUCUGCUAACACUCGCAAAUUUUCCGCAAAACCUAUCAGAGACAGAGUUGAAAUUGCAUGCAAACAAUAUCAUGAUAUGCCCGAGACCGUGUCCGGCUAGUAUCUUGGAGAAGGUCGGUGGCAUGGGGACAAAGAUGUCGUGGGAAGUCACUGGCACAGCAUGUUUCGAGAACAAUAUCUGGGCGGCCUGCCUAAAGCCUGUGCCGGCUACUGCAAAGUUCCACACUGACAACCCGAGCCCUCUUGUUGUUCUUGCGCUACGAAAAGGCGCGCGUCCGGUGGACGCAGGUAAGAUCAAGAAUUGGCAGCAAGUACCGCUAGACAAAGCCUUUGUCUUUGAGACGACAGUAGGAGAAAAGGUGCUUCUUCGUGUUGAAGCGGAGGAUCCCAGUGAAGGUGCAUACGAGAGCUUGUUCCCUAACAAACCCUCCAAGAGGAAGUUUGGCAGCGGGGAAGAAGAUUCUCGUCUGCGUCAAGGCAAUACGCAUGCUGGUGGACACCGUAAUGAUCGGGGCCACUUCCACCAAUCUGGACCUCCGGGCCGCGGGGGUUCAGGCCGAGGAGGCUUCCGCGGAGGAGCCAAUGCGGGCCCGCACCGAGGUUUCCGGGGACGAGGAGGUGGUUCCAGAGGUCGUGGCGUCCGUGGCGGUGGUGGCCAUCACUACAAGUCGCUCGACGAUCUUGCCACGCGAGAAAACCAAGGCGGGUUUGUGCAGCAGGUGUCUUACGAAGAUGACUCUCAGCGAAAUUUUACGACAUUGCAGCAGACGCAAAACCAAGGGAGCCAAGGUUACCAAAAACAGCCGCACUACCAACCGCCUUACCAACAUCAGGGGCAGCAGCCGCAGCAGCAGCAAUAUCAGCAGCCCCAGCAGCCCCAGCAGCAGUAUGGUGGCUGGCAGCAGCAACAACAUGGCAAUUCCCAACAAGGACGGCCUAUGGGUGCUCCGACUGGUCCCAGUGGUCAGGAGAUGAACAACUACUACUAA